AUGGAAAAAAGGAAAGAGAGGAGAGAGAAAUGGAUACAACACUACAGCAGCUCUCACAAGAUACUGCUGGUAGGAGAGGGAGAUUUCUCCUUCUCUGCCUCUAUUGCAAAGGCCCUUCGCUCAGCUACUAACAUGGUGGCAACUUCACAUGAUUCUAAAGAGAUGUUGAGGAUCAAGCAUUGGAGUUCAGAGGCCCACCUGGAAGAAUUGAAUGGACUGGGAUGCAUGGUCUUGCAUGAUGUUGAUGUGCAUGACAUGAACAAACAACCAAUCUUAAAGACCAUGAAGUUUGAUCGAAUCAUUUUCAACUUCCCACACGCGGGCCACAUCCCGUUUUUCAAGGAGCGAGAUACAUACCUCAUUGAGCAACACAAGAAUCUCCUCUCGGGUUUCUUCCAUAGUGCAAGUAAGAUGCUGACUGAUGGUGGUGAAGUGCACGUGGCCCACCGGAACGACUACCCUUACAACCGUUGGAAGUUGGAGAAGCUGGCCAAAAGAGCAGGCCUUGUGUUGAAGGAAUGUGUUGAAUUUAGGAAGUCUGAUUAUCCAGGCUACCAUAAUAAAAGAGGUGGUGGGAUUAAAAGCAACCAAAAGUUCCCUUUGAAAGAGUGCUUCACCUUCAAGUUCUCGUUAGGGGAUUCUUCAACCAUGCAAGAAAGGGAGACAUCAAUGAAUGGCUGUGAUGAUGUUCGUGAGGCCUUGUCUGCCUUGUCCCUUCAUUUUUGAAUGAUAGGUGGGCCUUUUUAUCAUAUGGUAUAUACCAUGCAUGUGCGUGAGCCAUUUGGUUUGUUAAACGCACACCUAUGGAAACUAUAGUAUUGGUUUUGGUCUGGAGUCUGAACAGAUGAUUGGGUUCACGGUUGCUGAUGUGGCACAUUUGUGUGAGAUCUAGGCCGUGGAUUUAUCAGAUCUGAACCGUUGGAUCAGUAACUUAUACUUUAAGGUGCUGAUUUUGGCUUAUUUAAUUUAUAGUUAAUGGGAUUAGUUUCAUUAAGUACUUCCACAACUAAAAAAUAUAAUGAGGUCUCUAUUAUCAUUCCA